UCCCAACAGUCUUUUGCAACGGCAUCUCUGAUUGGUCAAUAGAGCAUAUAUUACCGAUCAAACGCUCGCAUUUACAAUAUUGUCUGCUCUAUCAAGAUGGCUGAUAUAGUCGGUCUCACACCGUCUAUUCUUGCCGGUUUUGACAAAUACAAGUACAGUGCAGUAGACAGUAGUCCUAUCGGCCAAUAUAUCACACAUCCAUUUUGGAACUGGAUUGUACAGUUUCUUCCAUUAUGGCUGGCUCCAAAUCUACUCACCCUAGUUGGUUUUCUACUACUUCUAGUAAGUUAUGUUAUAAUGACUUACUACGAUGUACAAUUUUAUGCAUCCAGUCUUGACAAUCCUGAAUAUCCACCAAUACCAAAUUGGGUGUGGUUAGUUUGUGCCUUGAAUAAUUUUAUUGCUCACACUCUUGAUGGUAUUGAUGGGAAACAAGCACGUAGAACUAAUUCCAGUACACCCCUUGGAGAACUGUUUGACCAUGGUUUAGAUAGCUGGGCAACACUAUUCCUACCUAUUGCCAUAUACUCUGUGUUUGGCCGUGGUGAUUACAGUGUUGGUGUUUUUCACAUCUAUGCAAUACUCAUAGGUACAAUGAUGAGUUUCUUUUGUUCUCAUUGGGAGAAAUAUAACACUGGUGUUCUCUUUCUUCCAUGGGGCUAUGAUGCAAGUCAAUUAGCAAUGACAAUCUUUUAUUUAGUAACAUAUUUUGGUGGCUAUGAAAUGUGGAAAUUCAUAGUACCAGUCCUUAAUAUUCCAGCAUCUGUAAUGGUUGAAAUAAUUGUACAUAUGGGUUUCAUUGGUCUUACCUUUCCUACAACCUUCAUAAAUAUCUACAGGUCAUACAAAAAUAAAACUGGGAAAAUGCGGUCUUUUCCAGAAGCUACGCGGCCACUAGUUUCUACAUUGUUUCUUUUUACAUUGCUUCUUAUCUGGGCUAUUUUCUCUAAAUAUGAAAUUAUGGAGAAACAUCCAAGGCUGUUUAUGUGGACCACUGGUACAACCUUUUCUAAUAUAGCUUGUCGUUUAAUUGUUGCACAGAUGAGUAACACGCGGUGUGAACUGAUAAACAUAUUCUUGAUACCUUUAAGUAUUAUUGUGAUAAUAGUCCUUCUCCUGCACCUGCAACCAGGACGGUUGGAAGUUGUCUUUCUCUGGGUAUAUUGUUUGGUGGUUACCGUCACACAUGUCUAUUAUGGUGUAUCUGUGGUGUGUCAGAUGUGUCGUCAUUUCAAGAUCCAUGCAUUUUCUCUGGAGAAGUUGUCUGUGCAGUAAUAUUUGGGACAGAAAGUCUCUUUUCUACCAUCUUCACCUGCCAUGAUGACCCACUCUGUGUUGGAGUUUUUGACUAUUUAUUUCCAAUUGCCACUCUCAUACAGUUAGCCCAGUAUCUUCUUUUUCCUUUAACUCUAGCUCACAUCAAACAUUAAAGCAACCCUCUUUCACUUGCUAAGAUUUAAAAAAAAAAAAAAAAAAAUUUUUGUAAGCAAUGUGACUUAAAUUAUAAUUAUUCCAUUUACAACAUCUGUAUGUGUGUGUGUGUGUGUGUGUGUGUGUGUGUGUGUGUGUGUGUGUGUGUGUGUAGACAUGCCACUAUACGUGCAUGCAUACUGAAUGCACAUGUACUGAUACAGAAAUAUGUGUGUGCAUAUUCAGGAUAAUACAUGCACAUAUUUACAUAUGUGUAAACUCACACUCAUUUAUAUGUACGCACGCACACACACACACACACACACACAUACACAUACGCACUUAAACAUAGACAUAAAUGCUUAUGUCAACUCAAACAAAUGGACACGUAUUCACACCCACACCAAUAGACACGUAUGCAUACACACACACACACACACACACACACACACACACACACACACACACACACACACACACACACACAAAUAUAUCUCUCUUUUACAGACACAAAAAUAGCAGCAUAUGCUGUGCAUGUUCUCAUUACAUGAAUUGAAAACUCAAAGAAAAAAAAACUGCAGUCAAUCAGUUUUUGGAGACUAGAACGGUCUCUAUUUGAACUGUACAAAGAGAUUGUCAGGAAUCUUGCUAUCGACAGUACCUGCUUGUUUAGCCAUUACACUAGGCAUUGAUUAUUUUGACAAAUUUAUUAUUAUCUUCAUUAUUAUUUAUUAUCAUUAUUGUUAUUGUCAAGGCAGUGAGCUGGCAGGACCAUUAGCACAUUGGACAAAAUGCUUAGCCGCAUUUCUUCUGGCCCUUCAAGGCUCUGAGUUCAAAUCCUGUCGAGGUCAACUUUGCCUUUCAUCCUUUUGGAGUUGAUAAAAUAAAGUACCAGUUAAAUACUGGGGUCAAUGUAAUUGACUUGCCUCCUUCCCUCAAAAAUACUGGCCUUGUUCCAGAAUUAGAAAGAAACUAUUAUCAUAUGUUGUUAUUAGGGUGGUGGAUUUUCAGAAUUGUUCAAGCAUUGGAGAAAAUGCUUGGCAGUAUUUCUUUUGGUUCUUUACAUUCUGAGUUCAAAGUCAACUUUGCUUUCAUCUCUCCAGGGUCGAUGAAAUAAAAUACCAGUAAUGUACUGGGGCGAUGAUAUCGACUAACUCCUCUCCUGAGAAAUGCUGGUUUUGUGGCUAAAUUAGAAACAUGUUAUUACUAUCACUAUCAUCAUCAUUAUCAAGGAUGUGGAUUGAUUGAAAUGGUAGAAAAGUGAUGCAAAAUGCUGUGUGGUAUUCAGCUACACCCGUUUAUGUUCUGACUUUGAAUUGCACCAGAGUAGUGUUGACUUUAAUCUUUCCAAGAUCAAUAAAAGAGUAUCAGUCAGGUACUGCGAUCAGUAUUGUCAA